AUGUCGUUAUCCAAAGAAAGGAUCGUAACACAAUAUAAAAAAGAGUAUAUUGAAUUAAUUGUUAAACAAAAAACUGCAGCAUUUUUUAGGUACAAACAAAGGUCAUGCGUUUACGUUUCAUUCGAUUACAACAAAGAAGAACUAGUUAGCCGUGCCGAUCAACCAAUAUGUAAACCAAAGAAAUUCAGUAUUAAAGAGGCAGUCUCAAUGGCCGAUGAAGAUUUUCUUAUCGCUGAACUCAAUAGUCAAUUUCAAUGA